UUGUUCGGCUGCGGCCGUAGACAGUUGAAAUAAUUGGUGUUUUUCGAGAACAGUUCGAACAUUCUUGACGCGAUUAUUCAGUCGGUGUUCAGUUUGUGUACUCGAGCUCGUUACGUUUAGUCUCUAUACUCGAACUCUUUGUGAGUUUCUAAACUCGAGUUAUCCACGUUGAGUUUCUAUACUCGUACUCGAGUUCCCUUCACGUUUUGAUAUUCUUAACUCGAGUUUUUCUCGGUUAUUAGUGUUAGUGCAAACACGAGCGUUCAAACUAACGAUGUGCUCUAACGUUUAUUAGUUUUGUAGCGUGAGAGAAAGAGAGGAUUUGCACUAGCGUACGACUGCGGAACCAGAUACAGGACAUGUGUUUAUUAGCGUUCUCAGAGGAUUAGGUUCAUAAACAGUGACUUGAGAUUAAUUUUCAAAGUGUGAACUUUUUCUAACUGCUUGAAAAUGCGUGAUAGCAGAAGAAAAAUCUCUAGGCAGCUGGAUAACGCUGCCCAGUUAGUUUUGCCGGCAGCAAAAAUCAUCAUUGGAACAGUCAUUAGAGAGUUGAUCAUUGUUUCCCAAUGGUUCCAUGGUCAUCUUUCCGGCAAAGAGGCAGAAAAGUUGAUUUUGGAUAAAGGAAAGAAUGGUAGUUUUCCUAGUAAGAGAAUCUCAGAGCAAACCGGGCGAUUACGUUCUCUCCGUCAGAACUGACGACAAAGUUACUCAUGUGAUGAUUCGUUACCAAGAUAACAAAUAUGAUGUUGGAGGAGGUGAAAAAUUUGAAACACUAUCAGAUCUCAUUGAGCACUAUAAAAGGAAUCCCAUGGUAGAGACCAGUGGCACCGUGGUUCAUCUCAAACAGCCAUUUAAUGCUACCAGAAUAAAUGCCAGUGGCAUUGAUAGUAGGGUUAAGGAAUUACAAAAAGAGAAUGGACAGUCUGCAGGCAAAGCUGGUUUCUGGGAGGAAUUUGAAUCACUCCAGCAGCAAGAAUGCAAGCAUCUUUUCUCCCGCAAAGAAGGCCAAAAACCAGAGAACAGAAAUAAAAAUCGAUAUAAGAAUAUUCUACCAUUUGACCAUACUAGAGUAAAAUUAAAAGAUGUAGACCAAAAUGUAGCUGGAUCAGAAUACAUAAACGCUAAUUAUAUUAAGGCCGAAGAAGACAUGUACCCAGAUGCACAGACCCAGUCAACGCGCACAUAUAUAGCCACUCAGGGCUGUUUACCAUCGACGAUACCAGAUUUUUGGUUGAUGAUUGUGCAGGAGAAUACCAGGGUAAUUGUGAUGACAACCAAAGAAAUGGAGAGGAUGAAGAAUAAAUGCGCCAGAUACUGGCCGGAGGACGGUGAGACAAAAGAGUACGGCAAGGUGACAGUGAAGACCGUAUCGCAGUCGUCGACGGCUGACUACACACUCAGGGAGUUCCUCGUCACCUACAAGAAUCAUGCGCGCACAGUCUACCAUUACCAUUUCCAGGCAUGGCCCGACCACGGCGUGCCUUCGGACCCGGGCUGCGUGCUAAACUUUCUGCACGACGUGAACGCGCGCCAGGACUCGCUGGUGGAGGCUGGCGAAGGGAGUGGAGCCGGACCCGGGGCUGGCGAAGCGUGUGGAGCCGGACCCGUGGUGGUGCACUGCAGUGCAGGCAUUGGCCGGACGGGCACCUUCAUUGUCAUCGACAUGAUUCUCGACCAAAUCAAGCGACAGGGCAUCGACUGCGAGAUCGACAUCCAGCGCACCAUUCAGAUGGUUCGAUCACAGCGGUCGGGCAUGGUGCAGACGGAGGCUCAGUACAAGUUUGUCUACCUCGCUGUCCAGCACUACAUUCAGACGCUGUCGCAGCGCAUCAUUGCCGAACAGAAAAGCCUGCAGAUAGGCAGAGAGUACUCGAACAUCAAGUACUCGAACGAGACAGAUGCCGGACUCCCCGCCUCACUGCUACGCGGCUCCACACUUUCGCUGUCUCUGUCUCGCUCCACGGCCAGUCUGCCGGCCGCCAUAUCGCCCUCUCACUCGCCCGCUCCCUCCCCCUCCUCCACCGCCAACGGCACCAGCGCUCCCACGCACACGCACUGGCCUGCGCACACCACACAUCUGCCCAGGCCACCAGAAGACAUGCCAAAGCAGAUCUACACCAAUGUACCAUUAAAAGAGCGCAAGGUGUCUCCCAACUACAAUGUGGGCCCGACGAUACCAAGCUUUGCACCCCCACCCCCGCCGCCACCUAGGAAAACGUGACCCCACCCCUCCCCACAAAAUGGCGGAAACUGUCAUGAUGACGCUGCUUCUUCUUCCUCCUUUCCAUCUUCGUCUAGCUGUCGUCAGCAACAAGCACUGCUAUCACUGCAACACUGUCAGACCUAACGCUUGGUUGCACUAACUGAGAUCAAUUUUAAUCCGGGAUCAGCAGUUUGUUAAUCAGCUGAUUCAAGGUCGGGGUCAGCAGUUU